AAUGAAGGACAAUGAAUCAUUCUGCUAAACCACACCCAAAACGUUAUAUCCGGCCGUAAUAGAAACCUUGUUUGGGAACAGACAGCACUGGCCGGUAAACGGAAUAGCGAGUGGCCGUACUACUUCAGGACAAGAUGUCUGACUAUCUCACAGAUGCUGAUCUAGCAAAAGUGUACAGAGUUACGUUUGACGCUCGAACCAAGUGGCGAAAUAUUUUGCUAGCUCUUAACAUAUCCUCGGCUACUAUCGACAGCAUAGGUACGAAAUGGCAAGACAAUCCUGAUGACUGUUAUCGUGAGGGUCUGUUGGAGUGGUUGAAAGGUUGGGAGAGAAGCUGGGAAUCUAUGGUGGAAGCUUUGUGCAAUCCUACUGUGGGCCACGUUCGCAUAGCCAAGACCAUCGAGAGAGAUCAUGUACAGUCAUGUACAGGUGAAGACAAUCCUACUGAUGUGAAGCCAGAUGAAAACGACGUUUCUAGAGAAACUUCUGCAACAGAAGACAUUAAGCAUAUGUCUGAUCCUGGACCAAUGCCUUCAUGCAAGAUGGCGCAGGACCUACUCAAGUCACUAAUAGAUGCUAAGGUAUAUAUCUCAGGAGAGCCAUUGCUGAGUAAAGACACACAGCAGGAAGUGUGUGAUAUUAACGAGGUUUUCUCUCAAAAGAGUGUGCUGAUUAGUGUCUUUGGACUCCAUAAUGCAGGAAAGAGCACCCUCAUCAACACACUGCUAGGAAAUACAAUUCUCCCCGAAAACAUGAUAAACGAGACUGGUGUGACAGUGAAGAUAGAACCCAUACAGGGCAAAAUGGACACUACUCCUGUGCUCGAAGUGGAAAAUGAUACUCCUGUGCUCAAAGUGGAAAAUGAUACUCCUGUGCUCAAAGUGGAUUUUAAUACUCCUGUGCUUGAAAUGGAAAAUGAUGAUAUGGUGAUCAUUUCCAUAGGAACAGAUAGCAUUACAGAGACCAUCAAGGAGCUGAAUAAAAAUUCCCGGAGGAAUGACCUGACCGUACCUGACAGUGUGGUUCUGAGAGUGUCAGCUCCUGAGUUGUUUGGUGGAGUGGAGGAAGGAUGGCAAGUGUGUCUCCUCGAUAACCCUGGGCUUGGAGAGGACAGCAAGUGUGUUCAAAAGGUUGCCAUGGCAGCUGUGGCCUCCAGUGCAGCAUAUGUGUUUCUCACUACAACUGACAGUAUUGGAGGAGUUGUGAAUGCUGAUUUCUUCAGGGAUCUAAAUACUAGUGAUAGAAGUGCAUUUUUUGACGGACGGUUGAUUGUAGCUAUCACCAAAAUGGAUUUUGCUUACCAAACUAUGGAAAAGUCUGACAAAAAGAAGCUUGAAGAAUUGAUCAAGAUCAUGUGUGAAAGUAUCAGCAAAGUAACCAGCAUUCCCAUGUGCAAAAUCAGUACGGACAUUGUCCUACCUAUCAGCUGUGUAUGGUACCAAAAUAGUAGACGUCUUGCUGACACAUCUUUAGAGGAAGAGGGAAAACACAAAGAAAAUGCAAUCCGAUCCUUGUACAACUAUCCGUAUCUGGAGAUAGAGAAAACUGGACAAGGAAUGAGCCCCCACCAAUCUCUUCAAGACUUAUCUUCAUCAGGAAUUGUUAGACAUCUUGAAGAUGCUAGUGGUCUACUCGUCCUGGCAGCCAGGAUUAAAAAAAUUAUGAGGGACACGUGUGUAUCAACUUGGAGAACUAAGGUGCUUAUCGGAUAUAACUACUGUCUAACUUUUGCUUCAUCCGAGUUGCAAAUACAUACUGACAGAAUAAGCAAAAUAAUGAAAGGCCAAGAUGAAGAGUUAACUUGCAUACAGUCUGUGUUAGCUAAAGCAGUUGCGAAGAAAGAAGAAUUGUCUCACUGCCUAUCAGAGCCUACUCAAAAGGAAAUAUGUCAGGAUCUGGAGAAACAAUUCGAUCAGGAUUUGUUUACUGGCACUUUAAAGGAGAAGGUUACCAAAGAAGUGAAGAAGAUGCUCGAGAAAUUUAAAGAAGACUGUGUCUCAAGAAUACAAAAACCAUUGGAUACUUUUGGACCUCGUGAAUUUGAAACUGAUCUGGAGUCUUUCUUAAAGAAUACAUCGACCAGAAUCAAUGAGUUUAUGAAUACUACACUCGUCUUUACAGCUCUGCCACAGGCACUACAAACGCGGAAUGAUCUAGUGGAACGCAUACACAGGGAUUUGUGUGUCAGUGCAAACAGCUUGUGUCUUAAUAUUAUAAAUGGUGGUAAGAUGCCUGAAGGCCAUGAAGACAGUUUGCCAUCUGACCUGUCAACUGAGAGGAACCCUGAAAAGCCAUUGAUCAACCUUGCUGACCUAAAGAAUGAAAUCUUUAUCCCACCAGUGACUCUAUCAGUUUGGGAGAAGAUAAAACAAUUCAUUAGAAUUUUCUUUAGAAGCCCACCGUCUGAACAGCAAAAUCGAUACAACUUCGAAAAAACCUGGAGCAAUUGGAAAAAUGCAAGGAUUUCAUUUCUGAAGCAAUUGGCCAGUGUACUGUAGUUAAUGAUAAACUUAAACAACAUUUAUCAUAUAUUUAGUAUGAUUAUAGCCAAGUUUUUUAUGUGAUUGUCUUAAGUCUUUUGUAAACUUCUAAGUUAGUUGAAAAACAUUAUUUUUUAAUUAAGCAGCUACCCAGUAUACACAGGUUUAGAUAUAAAAUUAUUAUAAUUAUAGUGCGUAUAGUGAUAGUGAUGCGGCACUAAUUUUUGUAUAAUGGUGUUUCUUACAUUUUUAUUUUCUCUACUGAGUUCGGGUAUACAUGCAUGCAUGCAGUCUCGUCUCGCUGAA